UAAUUCCUCUUCUCAAACACGUUCAUUCCUCUUCUCAAUAUUUCUGCCAUAAUCACCCCAUCCUCAACCUACCAUGGCCACCGUAACCACCAACUCCGACACCGUCGCAAAAGCCGUAGACUCUCUUCUCAAAUGGCGCAAAUCACGAUUAGAAACCGAAAAACCCAAACUCUUCGACGAAGACGAAGAAUUUGUUUAUCUCAUCUUAACCCUAAAGAAAAUCCCAUCAAAAGGUCGCGUUAACCCUCACAAAAUUCCAAUCCCUCACUCACUUAUCUCCGCAGCAUCGGAACAGUGUCUCAUUAUCGAUGACAGAGCUAACAAACCCUCUCGUAUCACUAAAGAUGAAGCUCAGAAGAAAGUUCAAUCGGAAUCGAUUCCUAUUUCGAAGAUUCUGAAGCUUUCGAAGCUCAUGACGGAUUAUCGUCCGUUUGAGGCGAAAAGAAAGUUAUGUAAUUCUUAUGAUUUGUUUUUUGCUGAUAAAGCUAUUGUGCCGUUGUUGCCGAGGUUAUUGGGGAAGCAGUUUUUUAAGAAGAGGAAGAUUCCGGUUCAGGUGGAUUUGCAGAAGAAGAAUUGGAAGGAGCAGAUUGAGAAGGCUUGUUCUUCUGCUUUGUUGUUUUUGAGGACUGGGACUUGUAGUGUGGUGAAGGUGGCUAAGUUGAGUAUGGAGAGAGAUGAGAUUGUUGAGAAUGUUGUUGCUGCAAUGGAGGGUGUUGUCGAGGUUUUACCGAAGAAAUGGGCGGUUGUUAGGUCUUUUCAUGUUAAGUUGUUGGAGUCUCUUGCUUUACCGGUUUACCAGGCUGUUCCGGAUGUUAGGUUGAAGAUUGAGGGGGUUAAGGAUUUGGAGGAUAAGUUGGUGAAGGAUGAGAAGAAGGUGAAAGACGCGAAGAAGAGUAAGAAGAAAGGGAGGAUUCAUGAGAUUAAGUAUAUGGAUGAUAGGAUGAGUUCAGAUGGUGAUGAUCGCAGUGUUGAUAUUGAUCUUGAUGAUGAUAUCGAUGAUGUUGUUGGUGGUGUUGGUGGUGGUGAUAAGGUUGAUGAUGAUAGUGAGAAUGGUGAAAUCGAGAGUGGAGUGUUGGUGAGUAAGACGGGGAAGAAAGGAGUCAAAAAAGAGGAUUCUAGUGAGUUGGGAAGUGUGAAAUCAUUGAAGGGAUCUGCUAAGAGGAAGAAGAAAGAUGGGUUGGAUGUGAAGUCUGCAGAAGAAGGUUCGAUUGAGAACAGUGAAAAGAAAAAGAAGUCAUCCGUGAAGGAAAAGGGUUCAGAGAAGAAGAAUAGCAAAAAGGAAUUAUUGGUCAAGGAUGAGGGUUCGGACAAGAAGAAGAGAAAGACGGCAGAUGUGAAGGUCAAGGGUAAGAAAAGUAAGAAGGCUCUAUGAUGUGUGACUGUUGAUGUUGGAGAGAUUUUGUUGUUACAAUUUAUUGCUUGAUGUGGCUCUGUGCAAUGGCAAAUUUUGUUUUCUUAGAAUAUUAUCUUAUUUAUUGUAUUUUGUUUUUGGUUAUAAUGAUGUUUACUAUUUCAAAUGUACUCUUUUUAAGCUUUAGAAUGGUUCUCUACAGUCAAAACUCAACAUUGUUUCUCAUUUUACAGUGAUAUUAAGUUAUUUUAGUCUUUUCAA